AUGGAGGCGCUGCUGACACCGCUGUUCGCGCACGUGCUCGGCAGGUUCGUCAAGGAGUCGAAGGAGGGCACGGGGGCGGAUGGCCUCCGAGCACGUCUUUCUGGGGGGUCCCUGGUCCUCCACAACCUCGAUCUGGAUCUCCAGCACCUCGUGCCACCGUCCCUUCCCUUCAUCAUCUCGCGCGCGACUUGCAGCGAGUUGCGGGUUGAGGUCCCGUGGACGGCGCUGCACUCGCGGCCUCUCAAAGUGGUCGUAAGAGGGCUGCAGGUGGAGGCCGAGAUCGGCAGUGCUGGCGGCGGCACGCAGCGCAAGCAGAGGCCUGUGGGGUCGGACCAGGCCCCCGCGGCCCCCGCGGCACAGCUGCGGUCCCUCUUGUCGACGCUCGAGGUGGUCCUGGAGAGCGCCACCCUCACGCUGCGGUCCGCCGGCGCCGAGCUGACGGUCCUCUUGCACCAUGCACAGCUCUGCCGCGGCAGUCCUGCGCAGCCCCCCGACGACGUCGGCUUCGAGGCGCCUCCGGUGGGCCCCGGGUCGGACAUCGUGCACGCGGCCCUGUCCGUGUCCCGCGUGGCGCUGCACGUGUCCGAGCCGCGCACGGCGGACCGCGUGACCUCCAGGCGCCGCAUCUGCAACGCGCUGGUUCAGCUGGAAGCCGUCGAGUGCGCGGCGUCGGUCCCGAUUCAGUUGUACGACGAGCGCGAGUGGGAGGUGGAGGUGGAGGACGACGCGGGGGGCGCGCAGGAGCGGACGGAGGCGGAGCAGCACGUCGUGGUCGUGUGCGCUGGCGCCCGCGCGGUGACGAUCGCGUGCACGCCGCGGCAGAUCGCCCUGCUGGACGGAAUGCGGCGCGAGUGGCGGGCGGCGGGGGUGAGCGGGGCCGGGCGGGACGUGGGCGCGGACGAGGAGCGCGCGGCGCCGUCUGCGACCAGCCCCGGCGUCGAGGCGCGCGUCGUCGAGAACGCGACUGCGCUUGCAGGUCAGCAGGACGCGAGGGCAGACGCCACCGCACCCGCUCGCGCGUCCUGGUACUCGAGCGCGUGGAGCUUCGUCGCUGGCACCCGCUACGCCGGUGAGUCCGCCGAGGAAGUGCCGAAGCUGUCCCCGGAGCCCGCCAGCACGGAGAGCAGUCCGCGCAGACGCGCUGCUGCGGGGCUGAGACUCCUGCGGCCGAGCCGUGUCUUCGUCUUCAGCUCGGUGACUACGCUCGAGGCGCUUUUUGCGUACGAUGGACCUCAGGUGCCCGCCGAAGAGGGCCAAGACCCCGAGGGCACACCCCCGCAGGGCCUGCACCUGCUCGCUGUCGUCGAGGCGACCACCGCGGAGACCUGGGUGUCGACGGUGAGCAUGGCUCCGCGAUCGGUCGGACUGCGGUGCGGUAGGCUGCUCGUCCACCGAAUGGUCAAGGAAACCGCCGGCGGGUGGACGGCAGGCGACGGCCGCGCGCUGCCCGACGGGCUGUUGUUGGUUCGCACGCUCCCGACUCCCUGUCUGUCGGACCCGACGGGGAUGACGCUGAUGCCCCCUCUGGCCCACGCGCGUGGCCUGAUGGCUCCGGUGCUGUCCAUGCACGCGGCGUCCGAGGGCAAGUUCGCCUGCGUCAUGCGUGCAUCGAUGCCGGAUGGCGAGGGCCAGCUGCGUGUCGUCCCAGACGCUGUCGAGAUGCAGCUCGGAAUGGUUCUCGCCGCGGCGAACCCCGGUCUUCUGCGGGACGCCCAGAUCUUCGUGCGGGAGGCCGGCUUCUUGGCGGAGCAACACGGAACGGGCGAAGCCGGCGCGCCGUCGCGGGCCGCCGCGAGCACGGUGACGCUGACCUGCGCCCUUUUGGAGGUGUCGCUACUGUCCGACGACGGCAAGCGUCCCAGCGCGCUGACGGUCCAGACGACCAACUCCAUGGCAUCGAUGCGCGGCAGGGACGUCAGGGUCGAGGCGCGGGUGGCGCAGGCAUGGGCGCAGCCGCCGGCGGACGCCUGCCGUCCGCUCCAGGUCUCGAUACCGUUCGGGCCGGGGAAGGGCGCUGGGCGCGACAAGGCGGCCACUCCCGGCGCACCGUCACCGCUUGCGCUGCUGCACGACCCAGUCACGCUCCGCUACGAGCGCACCGCAUACGUGGCGGAGAUCAGCGCGUCGGAAGUGCGUCUGCACGUCCCUUCCGGGGCCCCUCCCGCGGUGGAAGCAGCCGUGCUCGGGUUCCAAGCUGGCGCAUCCGGCCACCCCGUGUCCGCAAUGGUCGUCGACGCACAGGGCGUUUCCGACGGUCCCGACGAGGCCUCGCGGGGUGAAUGCGUCGAAGUUGUGCUCGGUCAGCUCGUGGCGCGCCAGGACGCGGGGCGGCUGCAGUUCCAGCCAGUCACUGCCCGCAUCUCUGCGCACGGCGGACAGUCCGCGCACCUGACCGUCGGGAUCGACCACGCCAUUGUCGACACCGCGGAGCGGCUUGAGCUCCGCUGCGCGAUGCUCGAAGUCAGCGCGGACGACCGCGCUUGGCUGCGAGCGAACAAUUUUUCCGCCACGCUGUCGUCGGAGCACUCACCCGAGGGCUUCCGCGAGCUCCAAGCCGUCAGUAUCGAGCGAGUGGACUUCGCGUGGACCUCGCAAUGCGCUGCGGACGUCGACACGCUGCUGCAGGCCAUGCGCGUGGUUCGGGGGUCGCCGCGCCAACAGCGCAUGGUUGCUUCGAAACCAGACGUCUGCGCCGCCCUCAUCUCCGGCGGCAAAUGCUCCACAUCGACCUCGAUCGCCAUCGCAGCGAUCGAGGGUUCCAUUCAACUACGGUCGGACUGCCCCGUCUCGUUUGGCGGCGUCAACGUCAGCAUGCACCGCAACGUCUCCCCACGCAGCGAUCCUGCCGCACAACCCGACCAAGAUCCGUCUAGCAUAUCUUCAUUCGUCCUCGAUGUCGAAGUGGACGACUCGCUCACGGCAGCCGUGACGCAGACCUUCUCGAUCGGCCGUACGCACCCGUUGCUCAAACUCUGCAUCGACCCCGCCGCCGACGGCGACGACGCAGCGCAGUCCACGUUGCCGCCGCUCGCGGUAUCCGUCACAAAGUCGAGCCGCGGUAAUGCGGUCGGGAGCUAUUCCGCGCUCCAGGGCGCGACGCAGGACGUCUCGGCGCACUGCGGCAGGGUUCUCGCGGCGCUGGGCCCGCAGGAGCUCGCGAUGGACCUCCCUGCGCUGAUCCCGGACGCGCUGCUCGCCGCACCACCGCACACCGCGGGCCCCUCGGGCGCCGGCACCCGCGCGUGCGUGCACCUGCGUCAGCUCAGCGCGGAGCUGCUGGGGGAGUGGGGCGCGGUGCAGCUCUCGGCGCACGCAUGCCGGGUGUCCGCGGUGUUCGGGGGCGCGAGAUGGCGCGACGACGACUGCGUGGACGUGGCGCGGGAGGCGUCGUUCGCGCCCGCGUCGGACGCCGUGUUCUGGAGGGUGGUGGCAGCAAAGGACGACGCACUGCGGUUCGCGGGGCGCCCGGGCCUCGCCUGGGGCGUCCGCACGUCGCUGCCGGGUCUGCUGCUGCACGGGCGCCCGCACGUCGACGACGCCCCCUCGGACGGCCCGGUGCGGGUCGACGAGGCCGUGCUGCUGCCUGCGCCCUGCGACGCGGUCUUCAGCGCCGCGAGCGUCGGGUCCUCGCUCGAGGCCGAGCUGAGCAUGAGCAACUGGUCGUACACGCUGGCUCCGGCGAUCGUCGCCACGCUGUGGCGGCAGCUCAAGGGGUUCCUGUCGCUCAAAGACGGCCUGCGGCCUGCGGGGGAGGAGCGGGACGACGCUGCGCGCGCGCCGGUGCGGGACGACCUGGGCAGCGGCGCGUUCGUGCGCAGCAACUGCGCGGCGGACGUCUCCGCGGAGUGCCAGUGCGUCUUGGACGACGAGGCGGGGCGGCAGGUCGCGUGGACGUACGACCAACCGCGGCCCGUGCAUGCGCUCGCGGUAGACGCCCGCGCCGGCGACGUCCGCCUCGAGAGCUGGUCGGUGGUCGCAUCUGACGAUCUCGAUGACACCGACGGCCGGUGGGAGACGGUUCCGCUGUCGCGUUCGGAAUCAGAAGGGUGCUUUCGUGUGGCCAACGCGCGGCCCGCUGAGCGAUGGCGCGUCUCCUGGGCCGGGGACAUCGAGGCGCAAGACGUGCGGUCGACGCUCGUCGUCAACCCGGACACGGACUCGAGCGCCGCGUUGCCGCCGCUGACGCCGUCCAUGCGCGUUGGCUUCAACACGCAACACUUCGCCGUCCGACUGGCAGCUGACGACCGCGACGGCGUUCCCGGGGAGUUCGCUGUGCUGCGCGGCAGCGAUAUGAGGACCAGCUUUGCGUCGUGGCCCGUGAACCGACGCGCCGGAGCGGCUGCGAUCGAGGCGACCGCAGCAGCGGACCUGGAGGCAUCGGUCAUCGGCGCCGACGGGCUCCCCGAACUGCUCGUGCAGCAAGCGAAGGUGCGGGCAGACUUCUGCAUGAACGAUCACGCGCCCGCGGGCGGCGACCUGUCCGAGACCAGCACCGGCGGGAGGGGCCAGCGACCAUGGCACACAUGUCCCCGGGACGCUGCGUUGCUGGGGAAGACCCUGCGGUUGGCUGCCGACGAGGACUUUGUGGUGUUCGCGAACGCGCACAUUCUCAGGGCCCUCCGGCGCGCGCUCCGCGUCGUCCCCGCGUGGAGUGCGGGCAUGAUGGCGGUGUUUGCACAGGGCGCGGAGGCGCGCCCGGAGAGUGUGUCCGAGGCGCAGCAGGGGGCACCGGCGGUCGCAGAGCUGGUCUGCACCGUGGAGAACCGCUGCGAGUACGACGUACAGGUCGCACAAGCCGGAGCCCCCGGACACGCGACGACCAUCCCAUCAGAGACAACCGUCCCGUUUCUGUGGCGCUUUUCGCCGUGGGCGGCGCCCCAGGCACAGCGAUCGAUACUCGUACGUCUCACGUCGUCCAGUUCGACACGGGACGCCGCGGGGCAGUGGCAGGCAUGCUCGGCAGUGCUUCCCGACGACCAACACCUCCGGGGGUGGAGCCGCGGCGUGUCUUUGGUCAAGGCCGGCAGCAGGGUGCUGGACGCGCCGCUUCUGCGCCCCACCGAGCAGAUCGCGACGGCGCGAGUGGUCGUGGUCGUCGCGACGCAGCCGAACGAGGGCCGCACGACGAUCCAAAUCAUGCCCGCGGUCGAAGUCGUCAACGCGACCAGCCACCCCGUGCCCGCGUCGCUCCUCCAUCCCGGGCAGGCCGCUCGUGCGCAGAACGCCAAGGCACGUGCUGUCUCUACCGCGCUGACCCUUGAGCCGGGUGGUCCGUUCGGCGGCGCUGCUGCCACGUCAGUGCUCCCGCUCUCGCUCGCGGGCGAGGCGGGCGCGUGCUCGGAACUGGUCGUUGCGGGAGCUGUGGUGUCGCUGGACGCGAAGCGCCUCGAGGCCGCCCAGCCGCAGCUGGUCUGCAUUCCUGCCAGCAACGACUGCCAGGCCCCCGCGGUGCUCGCCGUCGCGGCGGGGCGCCACGCAGGCGUCCUCGUCGUAGCGCUGAUCCCGGCCCUCACCCUGAGGAAUCUGUGCCCGACGUCGCUCCUGCUGCGCCCCGGCCUCGCCCCGGCCGCGAUGUGGGGCAUGCGGUCCGCGCCACUGUCCGAAGAGGAGCUCUCGCGCGCGCCCUGCAUCGCCGUCUCGCCCGGGUCCACGACGCAGUGGUCGCCGACGUUCGCCGGCGACGUGCCUACGCCGCACGCACUCGCGAGCAGGCUGGAGCUCCGCCUGCGCCUCCCAAGCGGCGACGCGGCAGCGGACGGGCGGCACGGCGCUGCGUGGUCCGGGGGCCUGUCCCCGCAGAGCGUUGCGGCGUCCGGCGAUGCCGUACUGUGCUCCCUGCGCUUGCCCGACGACGAAGGUCCGGGCGAUCGGUCGCUGCCCUUUCAGAUUUCAGUUGGAGCACUGGCGGCAGGGUUUCCCGCCUUCCAGAUCGUCGUCGCACCCGUCGCGACGUUCUGCGACUUCACAGGUCUCCGCCUGCACCUCGCGGCGGAUGCAGCCGUCGGACAACCCCUGCCGCGGCUGCCCUGCAAGGUCGCAGAGACUGUGGACCUGCCCCUGCGGGGAAAGCUCGCUCAAGCGAGGCCAUUGGCGUGCGUCGUCGGCAUCCCAGCGCUCCUGCAACAAGGGGGCCGGAUGGACCUCACGGUGGCGGCACGAGCUCCAGGGCAUCUCCUCGGCAGGGCAUCACUGGCGGUCGGGAGCGGCGCGCUCGUGCGGUUGAGGAGCGCCGAGAGCGGGGACGGCCGCCCGAUGAGGGACGGGGAAACUUCCAGCCUCGCGGACGACCCGGGGCGAGGGGCCGCGGCGUUGGUUGCGGUGCAAGUGCACGAGAGCACAGCCCCGAGCGCGCAGCUCGUGUUCUGGGACGCCCUGGGGGCGCGUCCGCUGACUCCCGAGGCGGCGAUGGCGGCGGGGCCGCGUUGGGCGGCUGUGUCCGCUUCUCCCGCGGUGUGCGUUGUCAACCACUGGUACCACCCGCUCUGCUUCCGCGUGACCUCAAAGCUGGGCGUUGUUGUGGAGGCGGACGUGGCGGCGAACGGUCCCACUUGGGUCGCUCUGGAGGACGUGGCGGCCGAGGGGACGCUGGAGCUCGAAGGGCGGUUCGGCGUGGAACGAGCGGGCGCCGCGUGGGGCGCUGCGUUUCCCCUGCUGCAGCCCACGACGGUGCGGGGCUUUCUUCCGGGCGCCGGCGGAGAGCCGCCGCGGAGCCUGGCGAAAGUUGUCGUCGCGCGGGAGGGAGGCCAGAUCAUCGUGAGCGUGGCGCCCGACGCGGACCCGCCGGUGGUGAUCGAGAACAGAACUGGGAGCAACAUGCGCGCCGCACUGUCCUUCCCGCAGCGUCGCGACGGGGGACAGCACUCGUUCGCGCCGCCGAAGACGGUCGUCCACCUCCCGCACGGGUCGAUCACCGACGCCGACUGGUCCAGCGACGCACCCGGGACCGCUCAGGGCCCGCUGGACAGCCAGCGCGUGAUGUUCUUCUCACCCGACCACGCACAGCUCCUGGACCGGCUCGGAGACGCGGUGCACAGACGCGGCAGGAUCGUGAGACCGCCGCCAGCCAUGCUGCUGCUCCUGGAGGCGGGGGACGGCGACGGCGAGCUUGAGGAGUGGGCGGAAGCGGCGGGGGUGCCCUGCACGCCGGGAACGUACAACCUGGCCGGCGGACGGCGAUGCCGCGUCGCUUGGGUCGGCGCUAGCCUGUGCGUGACGAUCCUUGACGCGGGCACGGACGUGGCGCCGCAGGUGGACCGGAGACGCAGGCAGCUGCGGGUGUCGGCGCAGGCUGGGCGACGCGCCCAGGUCGUGCUGCUUGGCGGCUCCGUGCUCAAAGACCGCAAACCAGGUGGCUGUCCAUACCAGGAGAUUGCGUGUCUGACGCUCCUCAAGCCGUCCGCGACGCUCUUCGCGGGGCCGGAGGCGUCCGAUUGCACCGACACGGUGUCGACGAAGAUCGACGUCGCAGGAGCGGGGCUGCAGGUCGACAACCUCCUCGCGGGCCUAGAUGGCGAGCAAGUCAUGCUGUCGACGUCGUCCGCGGGUCGCGAGCCCCGCCCGGUGCUGCUCAGGCUCCACGUGGCCCGUGGCGCAGUCGCACCGUGGCGGCAGGAGCGCACGUGGGUUCGUCUGGUGUCCAGCUCCACGCCGCCGCUGGCUGUCAAGCUCGAUGACUCCCUGAGGCAGCUCAUGUCCGCGGUCGAGGCCCAGGACCUGCUGUCGUGCGCCCUGGUGCCGCCACAGAGCGCAGCCGCGCCAACCGACCCCCCCUCCGACGCAGCUCGCGUCGACCCCGGCGUUCUUGCGGCCACGGAGCUCGAGCACAUGUACGUGCGCGUGGUCGAGGACGCACAGCGCGAGUUCCUGUUGGUCGAGCAGUUCGCCAUCGCGCCGCUGCACAUGUCGUUGUCGGCGCAGCUCUCCGCCCCGCUCUCCGGCGCGCUGGGAGCGCUGCCCCUCGGGACGCGCGACGCGCCCGCCUUCAUGCCGGCGCUACGGCUCGGGGCGACCGCCGGCCCGCGGCACGUCCUGCAGUCGGCCCUCCUCGCGCACCUCACCGCCGAGGCCAUGCUCAACGCCCCCAGCGUCGUCGGCGGCCUGGAGCUCCUCCUCAAUCCCGGUGGCGUCGCUGCGUCCCUCCGGCGGGGGCUCAACGACCUGAUCGCCAUGCCGAUGGACGGCAUGGAGCGCGGGUCUGCUGCAGGGUUCCUGGCGGGACUGGGGCAGGGCUCGCUGUCGCUGAUACGGCAGGUCUCGGGGUCGACGGUGCUGUCCGUCUCCGGGUUCUCGUCCGCGGUGUCGCGCGCCAUCUCCCGCGCGCAGGAGCAGCCGGAGGCGCCCGCGCACGACGACGAGCACGACGUGCUCGCGGGACCAACGUUUCUGGGCAGCAUCGGACGCGGGCUGUUGCAGACCGCCACGGCGCCGAUAUCCGGUACGCUCGGGCUCAUCGGGUGGGGCGGGAACCGCGUCGCCGCCGCGCUCGGGGUCAUCCACAGCGUGGCGCCACAGGCCGGUGCGUGGCAGCGGUGCAGCGGGUGGUGUCCGCCGUGCUCCGCGGUGCAGAUGCUCGUCGCGAACGCCGCAUUCUGCGCACUCGGCGCCACGCCCGCGGGGCAGGCGGCUGCGCCGAUGGUGGUGGAGGGCGUGGCGUACAGAUGCGCGGCAGCGCACGUGCACCUGCGCAAGGGGGGGGAGUUCCGGCACCUGGGCGAGGACGGGUGGCGCAUGCGCGGGUCCGGUGCGACGCUGCUGAUCGCCGCGAGCGGCGUCUGCCUCAUCGAAGGCGGUGCGGGGGGCCGUUGCCUUGCGGUGGCGCACCCGGACAUCGCAGGGUUCGAGGUCCUGGAGGACGGCAAGGUGCUCGCCGCGUUCGCCCACUGCGCAGUGCUCCUGGGCGCCGUCGGGGAGUCCUCCGACGGCGGCAGGACGCCGGUGGGCGACGUGGGGUCCGUGGUGAGCGAGACACACACGGUGCAGGGUGCCAAGAUCGUGCUGGAGCUGCCGCGCCCGCACGGGGACGCGAUCGCACGCGAGGUCGAGGAGCACCUGAGGUGA